AUGGCAGGCUCUUCAUUGAAUAAUUUCAUCAAAGAUGUUCGUGGGGCCAAGACGCUGGCGGAGGAGCGGUCCAUAAUCACCAAAGCAAGUGCAAAAAUUAGAACCAAAUUGAGGGAUGACCACUUGCCGCUUGAAAAACGGAGAAAAAAUAUUCAAAAACUGCUGUAUCUGUAUAUCCUCGGAGAAAAGACACAUUUUGGGCAGGUUGAAUGCAUUAAUCUAAUCGCAUCGGAGGAGUUCGCCGACAAGAGACUGGGUUAUUUGGCUGCAACACUGCUUCUAGACGAGUCAGAGGACUUACUGACCCUUUUAACCAAUCUUUUGAACAACGAUCUCAAUCAUCCCAAUAAAUACGUCGUAUCUUUGGCGCUUACAACUUUGGGAUCACUAGGAUCUUCAGAGCUGGCACGUGAUCUCUACAUGGAUGUUGAGAACAUACUGAAGGGAUCCAGAGAUCCCUUUAUCAUCAAAAAAGCUCUACAAUGUAUCGGUAAACUAAUCACUAAAGAUUUCACGCUGCUAGAUAUCUUUGAUACCAAAUUGAUUACCAGCAUAUUGGAAAAUCACUCUUUAUGCACUCAUGGAGUCUUGCUAGGUAUCAAUAAAGUCUUACAAUCAAUUCUGCUGAAUCAUGAGACCUUUCAACUUUCUCUGAGUAACGAUGGCUAUGCUGAUGAUUCGAAACCAUUAUUAAAUGAGCUUGUUAAAAUUAUACCAGAGUUAUUGUCUUUGUUGCAAAGCUUAAGCAUCAAAAAUUUUGAGCCAGAAUAUGAUAUUCAGGGCACCUGUGAUCCGUUCCUACAGUGUGAGUCGAUCUAUACUUUGAGACUUUUUUUCGAACAGACUUUGGAUCUAAGCCAAUACCAAAAUAAGUUUUGUGAUUUAUUGACCCAAAUUGCAACUAAUACCGAUGGUGCAAAAAAUUGCGGGCAAGCUAUACUGUAUGAAACGGCAAGAACAAUUUUCUCUUUAAACUUAGAACAACCUCUACGGGUCCUUGGUGUUAACAUCUUGGCCAAGUUUCUAUCUCAAAAAGAUAACAAUACCAAGUAUGUCGCACUAAACACACUAUUGAAAGUCGUGGAUCAAGAACCUGAAACAGUACAAAGGCAUAGAAAAUUUAUAUCAAAAUGUUUACGUGACCCCGAUAUAUCAAUUAGAAAAAGGGCACUAGAAUUGAGCUUUGCCAUUUUAAAUGAUGUAAACCUCGUUGAAAUUGUAGACCAGUUAAUUGGAUUUUUGGCUGGAGCAAUUGAUGACGAUAAAACUUUAAUAGUUUAUACUGUUGAGAAUUUGGUAAAAAUUUUGGAAAGUCAUAACAUCUCAGAUGAAAAAUGGAAGUUGAGCAUCUUAUUUGAGUCUUUGAAAUUAGCAGGAACCUACGUCACAUCAGAUAUCACUGGCGAUAUCCUAAUUUCAAUAAAUAACUCGAAAGAUACUAUUCAAAGGCGUAAUUUAGUUGUUGAUAUGCUGAUGAUUUCGCUCGAUGAAACGAAGAACUGUGAAAUAUCGGAAGACAAUAUAGCCUGGUUAAUUGUUACAAUCUGGUGUAUUGGAGAAUAUGCAGAUGAAAUCUUGGAGGAUCCCAGCUGUCGUCAAGCACUCAGUGAAACUAAAAUGACAAAUUUUCUGGUUUUGCAAGAUAAGACAUUCAACAUAAGCAAUAAAAAGUUGAUAAAUUACCUUUUAACUGCAGCACUCAAGUUGUCUUCAAAAUUUAAGGAUAGUGGAUGCAUUGAAGCUUUGAGGCAAAUUAUUUUGGGUCACACAAAGGAUUCUGAUCUUUUGAUUCAAAGUAAGAGUGUACAAUAUGAAAUUAUUUUUGCUCAACCGCAAUCAGUGAAAAAAGUUCUACUUGAGACAAUGCCGGUAUUUGAAAGAAGAAAGUGUAUGAAAGUCGGAAACACUUCUCCAGAGCUCAAAAAAAUUCACAAAAGUACCGAUAAGUCUUCUAAUGUUGCAUUGCUCGAUUUGGGAUCAGAAAAUGAUAAAAAAAAGGACACUGAGGUAGCGAACUCGUCUACGCCUGCUGAUCUCUUGGCUGAUUUGUUUUCUUCCACCAGUAUCGAUGAAAACACCAAAAACACUUCAAGAAAUGGAAAAACUGUACAGAUAUCAGUGUCCGCCACCAAAAUAUAUGAUAGUGAUACAAUACAGGCAUAUGUUCAAUUGAUAUCAUGUGACGCAGGCUCUGCCCAAAUUGAACUAUACUUGAAAUCAAGUAAGGCUAUUUCUGAUAUAAAACCUUUUUCGGCUGUACCAAGGACUCAAAAACUGACAUUGGGACAAUUAUACCCAGGCAAUUCUCUUCAAAAGGAUGAGGUCUGUUCUCAAGUUUUAAAAAUAACAGGAACAGGUAAAUUAAAAUUGAGGAUAAAACUGGAUUUCAAACUUAAUGGAGUACCCGUUGAACAGCAAUUCGAUUAUAAAUUUGAACAGACAUUAUAA